AUGCUCGGACGCACCUCAGCCCGAGCCGCCCGCUCAACCAAACAAUUCCAACGAACCCGCCUCAACGCCCGCUUCCAAUCCACCACCUCCGCACCACCCGGCAAUCCCGCACUAGUCGGCGGUCUCGCAGGCGGAGCCGCAGCCUUCGCUACAGGAUACGCAUGGUACCAUUUCUCCGGUACAAAGAAACUAGUAUCAUCAACGAAACAAACACAAGAAUACAUCGAGCAAGCCAAGCGCACGAUCGCCGAAAAGGCACCUGAACCCAACGAAGCAUACAACUGGCUCAAAGAAACCGUUCAAAGCUAUGCGCGAUUCAUCCCUGGUGCCAGUGGCUAUGUGGAUACAGCCUUCGAUGACCUGGAAAAGAUCCGGAAAGAUCAUGGACAGGAGUUUGAUUCUGUGAUUAGUGAGGCGUACACUGAGUUACGGGAUCUUACUAGACGGGAAGGACUGAGUGCCGCCUCUGCGGGGGCUGCGUUGGAGAUUUUGCAGAAGUAUUCGAAGAAGUUGUUUGAUCUUGCUGGGGAUGCGGCGGGGAAUGUUCUUGAGAAUCAUCCGAAGAUUAAGGAGAAGGUUGGUGGGGGGUAUGAGCAGUUGAAGGAGAUGGGGGAGGCGUAUGGGCCUAAGGCGAAGGAGGAGGUUAAUCGGACUUGGGGGCAGAUUUCGGAGAUUGUGCAGAAGGGUUUUAGUGUUGAGGGGGUGGAGGAGAUUAAGAGGUUGAUUGAGGAGAAGAAGAAGACUGUGCAGAAGUUUGGGGAGGAGGCUUGGGAGAAGGGGAUGAAGGAGUCUCAGGGGUAUCUUGAGAAGAAUCCCAAGGUGAAGGAGUUGAUUGAGGAGAAUGCGGAUGCGUUGAAGAAGGGCAAUUUCAAGGAUUUGUGGGGGUUGGCUAAGGAGGGGAAGACGGAGGAGGUUGAGAAGUGGGUUCGCGAGAAGGUUGAUCAAGCUAAGAAUACCGACUUGGCUAGUUUGGAUCAGUGGUUGGAGUUGGUGCCCGGUGGCUCCAAGGUGAUUCCUCAGUUACAGUCGCUGCGGAAGAUUGCGCAGAAGAAGGGUGGUGAGGCGGAGACUGUGCUCAAGGAGACGCUUGAGGAAGUGCGGGAGGUGUUGGAGAAGCGCAAGGAUCAAGUUGAGAAGCUCGCUGAGGAAGGGAAGAAAGAGAGUAAAUGA